AUGAACGAAGAUGCCGCAAUCCAGGAGAUCCACCGCAAAAUGGACCGCGAGAGGCAAAUUAUCAAUGCUGCCAACCAGAUGCGGCAGGCUACCAAUAACCCCAACGUCACAUCACGGGCUGAAGCCAAUAUCCGAGAUGCGCGGCGAAACAUCCAGUAUUUUGAACAGACGCUGCAGAACCUCCAAGAGCGAAAGAUGGGUGGGGAUAUGAGCAAUCUGUCGAUAUCAGGCAACGGUGGCCCUCCCCCGCCUCAACAUAGCAGCCGCGGCGGAUCGUCUGGAGGCAUGAACAAUGAGCAAGGAUACGGCGGAGGCGCAGACUAUGGUAACCCAGGCGCUGGAGGAUAUAGCAUGGGCGGAGGCAACGGAUUGAUGCCACCCAGAGCUCCGUAUGCUCCGCCAGGCCCGGCAGAUAGAUCGCCAAGAGCACGUCCCAACUACAGCAAACUGGGUGAGUUCCGUGUACGGAGCGAUGUGGGUAUGAAGCUGACCAUGAUCCAGAUCUCAUCAAAUAUGACACAGCACAUCUCGGGCCUCGCAUUCAGCUCAUGUUGUCACAGCUCGAGUUCAAGCUUUCUGUGGAGAAGCAGUACAAAGAUGGCAUUGAGAAAAUGGUCAAACUAUACCAGAUGGAAGGCGAUCGUAAAAGCAAGGGCGAGGCAGAACUGCGCAGAAUGGAGAGUAAUCAAAAGAUUCAGCUUUUGACAAGAGCAUUGCGCAGAUAUGAAGGCUUGCAUGUUGAUGUGGAGAACGGAGCAGAUGCGGGAGACGAUGACAGCCUGGAUACGCCUAGCCAAAGGAAACCUCUGACUGGACAUCUGUCUGUCAAGAUUCAUGCGGUGGCCGAUGUGGAACACGCCUCUUCGGGUAGAUUUUCUCGAGGCCCAGACACAUUCGUCAUCAUGAAGGUUGAGGAUGCUUUCAAGGGCAGGACAAAAGCAACAAAGACCGACCGAUGGACGGACGAGCAACACGAGUUCGAUGUGGACAAGGCGAACGAGAUUGAAUUCACGGUCUACGACAAGUCGAGCAGCGACCAUCCCAUCCCAAUUGGAUUGCUCUGGAUUCGCUUGUCAGACCUGGUAGAUGAGAUUCGGCGAAAAAGGGUAGAGACCGAAUUCAACCAAGCUGGAUGGAAAACCGCGGACCAAAUGGAUGGAUCACAAACUCGUGCGGACCUUCAGUUCCAACCUCCUCCUGGCUCUUCCGGUGGUCUUGGCGGUCAGGGAGGUGGUGCUACCGCAGCAGCGGCAGGUGGUCCGGCUGGAUCUGGUCUUGCGCCGCAGACUGGACCUAUCUACGUCGAUGCAUGGUUUUCUCUGGAGCCAGUGGGUCGCAUUCAACUCACAUUGAGCUUCAUCAAACAAGUCAAGGACCGACGCCCCUUCGAUGUGGGUCUCAACCGAAAGGGAGCUGUGCGUCAGAAGAAGGAAGAUGUUGUGGAACAGUAUGGCCACAAAUUCACGGUUCAGACCUUCUACAACAUCAUGCGUUGCGCUUUGUGCGGCGACUUCUUGAAGUACACUGCUGGCAUGCAGUGCGCAGACUGCAAGUAUACUUGCCAUCAAAAAUGCUAUCAAAAGGUCGUUACGAAAUGUAUCAGCAAAUCGAAUGCUGAGACCGACCCGGAUGAGGAGAAGAUCAACCACCGCAUUCCGCAUCGCUUCGAGCCUUUCUCAAAUAUGGGAGCCAACUGGUGCUGCCACUGUGGUUAUAUGCUACCACUGGGCAAGAGACAGUCGCGAAAGUGUACAGAUCCUUCAUGCAAGCUCACUUGCCAUGCUGCUUGUGUGCACUUCGUUCCAGAUUUCUGUGGCAUUACCAUGGAGCGUGCCAAUCAGAUCUUAAACGAGAUCAAGAAGACGAAGAGAGAUCCGGCUGUUACACAGGGCAGGCGGCUACCUGACACCCUUCGUCCUCAGUCGGCAACAGCAGGCAGGCCGACACCACCUCCUUCCGCACAAAGCUUUGCCCCGGCGCCAAACCAUCAAGAUCAGAUGUCACAGAAGGAGGACCGAUUCUCGUAUGGCAAAGAGCGGAUGUCGGAUCAUUACGAGCAACCGCCAAGAACUUCUUCCUUCGAACCACCGCCUUCGUCCGUUGAUGCCGCCAAAUCUUCAAUGAGUGCCGGCUCAGCACCAUCCUCCCCUGAGACCACUCACCGUCCUCCGGCGCAGCGUGCACAGUCGUCUCAGUCGCCCGCGGCAGCUGCUGCUGCAAUCGCCGCGAUUGCUAACACUAACAGUGCGAAGCGCGGCUCUGCGCAGGACCAGCGACCAAGCUACAGCAGAGGGUCCACAGACUACGCUCAACAACAGCAACGACAAUCGGGAGGCUACGCUGAUGGCUACAACGAAAGCAAGGGCUACGCUCAGUCGCUCCGACAACCGCAGCAAUCCUCCUACAACCCCGCGGACUACGCUGCAGUUACAGGCUACUCUCAAGGUCCGCCAGCCCAACAGCCUGUUCAGCAAGCGCCAGCGCCGCCACCAAAGCCCUACCAACCUCAGCAGUAUGCCCAACAGCAACAGGUCCCACAGAUACAGCACCCACAGUCACCGGCACCUCCAGUACAAGCUCAACCGCAACAGCCAAAUGUCUCCGUCACGACUCCUGUCGUGGAAGAGAGGAAACCAGCUCCACCAGCCAACACUUCAGGUACCGGAAGGCGCAUUGGUCUUGACCACUUCAACUUCCUGGCCGUGCUCGGAAAGGGUAACUUUGGAAAGGUCAUGCUUGCCGAGACAAAGACCACGAAGCAACUUUACGCCAUCAAGGUCCUGAAGAAGGAGUUCAUCAUCGAGAAUGAUGAAGUGGAGAGCACCCGAUCCGAGAAGCGGGUAUUGUUGAUUGCAAACAAGGAGCGUCACCCGUUCUUGCUGAAUCUCCACGCUUGUUUCCAGACUGAGACUCGCGUGUACUUCGUCAUGGAAUACAUAGCUGGUGGUGAUCUGAUGCUGCAUAUCCAGCGCGGUCAGUUCGGCACUAAGCGUGCACAGUUCUAUGCGGCGGAAGUCUGUCUGGCAUUGAAAUACUUCCACGAGAACGGAGUCAUCUACCGUGACUUGAAGCUGGACAACAUCAUGUUGACACUUGACGGUCAUAUCAAGAUUGCCGAUUACGGUCUGUGCAAGGAAGACAUGUGGUACGGCUCGACGACUAGCACUUUCUGCGGUACACCCGAAUUCAUGGCACCGGAAAUCCUGCUCGACAAGAGAUAUGGCCGCGCAGUGGACUGGUGGGCGUUUGGUGUGCUGAUCUACCAAAUGCUGCUCCAACAAUCGCCUUUCCGCGGAGAGGACGAAGACGAAAUCUAUGAUGCCAUUCUCGCGGACGAGCCGUUGUAUCCAAUUCACAUGCCUCGGGAUAGUGUUUCGAUUCUGCAGAAGCUGCUCACUCGAGAGCCAGAAUUGCGGCUGGGAUCGGGACCUACUGAUGCGCAGGAGAUCAUGAGCCAUGCUUUCUUCCGGAAUGUCAAUUGGGAGGACGUCUACUACAAGCGGUUACCGGCGCCUUUCUUGCCUACUGUCAAGGGUAAGGCGGACACGAGCAAUUUCGAUUCGGAGUUUACGAGUGUUACGCCGGUUUUGACGCCUGUGCAGUCUGGUGAGUCUCACCCCCUACAUGGGAGAAAUCAAGAUGAGAAUGGAUUUUUGCUGACUUUGAUAUGCAGUUCUGUCACAGGCGAUGCAAGAGGAAUUCAGGGGCUUCUCUUACUCUGCCGACUUCGUUUGA